UGCCGCCAGUCACGUGCGAGAACAAGUUGUAACCUCUCUUCUGACUCGGAAAUAACUUCUUCCGAAGUUGUGCAACAAGUUUACCUCGUCGCAUACCGGUCGAAAGGAAAAACGAGAGAUGGGUAAAUUGGGUCCACGUUUGGGAAGCAGAAGAAAGGCGAAGCGAUGGGCCAAGGGCCAGAGUUCCAGUUCCAAUCCCUCCGUCACGAAGCAUCGCGAGCAAUCGGCAAAUCUGUUCUUUCAGAAUUUUCGCAGCUCGUCGGGUAUUACGAGGGAAGACGUGCAGAAGCACGACGCUCUUCAGGGUAUCGAGCACCAGUUGGCGAAGUUCGACAUCGACGAGGAUCGGAGCACCGAAAAAACGGCAAUUACCUCGGACACGUUUGCUACCAGUUACAGCAAAUGUUCCAACGUUUCUUUCACCAAGUUUCUCGAACAUUUUCAAUCGAGUUCGCUCGUGCACAAGAAGGUCUUGGUUGUUCUGGCGACCGUCACGGAGAUUAUCAAGGAAAGAGGUGGCACGGAAAGCUCGACGGAAUAUUUUGCAGCGUUGAUGACAACUUUGGACACGGUGAAAGACGACGUUCACGUGGUGGCGACGCUGUCGUUGCUAGGUAUGUGUAUGAAGACGGUGCCUAAAAACGUGCUCAAUCUGAAAUUUGGCACGACAAGUCAGACUCUUGUCAACAUUCUAACGAAGUACGUUGUUACCGAACAUUUUCUCAUUCUGAGACAUUGCAUCGGCUGUUUGUCGGUGUUGUUGAGAGUACAGGAAGCUGCUACCUGGGCCAAUGCCUCAACGGCUCAAGUGGUGGACGCUAUAUUGUCGUUUACAACUCACGCCAAACCCAAGGUGCGCAAAUCCGCCCAACACGCGAUAUGCGCGAUUCUCAGAGCCAGUGACGUGACGAAGAGCGAGAAUCCGCCAACUUAUCAUCCAGCCGCGGGACAGGUCGCAACUUACUGCAUCGCGCAACUGGACGCAGCCUGCGGACCCGGAUCGUCUCAGGGAGUCGCCACAAUUUUGCACACUCUCACGUUGCUGAGGGACACGUUGCAUCUUUUGCAAAAGUCGCACGUGAAGACCAUCUGCGAACGUUUGUUGAGCAUAAUGACGUUGAAAAACGUCUUGAUAACGUCGUGCUGUCUGCAAACGUUGCACGGACUGUUCGCUUCGAGACCCUCGGAGGCGACGUUACCUACGCAAAGAAACGCGGAUAUCAUCAGGGCUCUUUACGAUUAUCAACCCUCCGCUACGGACACGCAGCCAACUCUGGCGUGGUUGACGGUGAUGCGAGAAGCUCACUGCAAUCUGAUCCACGUGUCGUCGUCACAGCUGUGCUCCGAUCCCGGUGUUGGAUUGACGCUGGAUAGUCUCUUGCCGAGAAUAAUAAGCAAGUGUAUCGAACUCUGGAUGUCCGACAAGACGGAAGUUAUCGCCUCGGCGUCGCACACAAUCAAGAUUAUUCUUCAGGAAUGCGUGGCGCCGCUUUGCGAAACCGAAGAAGAAAUCAAACGUUACAACGGCACUUUGAAACAGAUCGUUUCGAUAAUGCACAAAGCUCUGAGCUAUCAAUAUUUGGAAGCGUGGCGUCAUAUUCUUCACCUGACGGCUCUGCUCUUCGACGUAACGGGCAAGUUGAAACUCGCCGAACUCGUGGACGUCGUGAAAUCUUUGGGCGAGCUGCGAGAUUCGAAGAUGUUCGGGAGAGACGGCGAAGUGGAGUACGCGAUUGGCGCGGCGAUCAGAACAAUGGGUCCGCAAUUGGUAUUGAACGCCCUGCCUCUGGGAAACGACAACGACGAGAUCAAUUGGUCGCGGGGUUGGAUAAUUCCGUUGUUGAAAGAUUGCAUAACGGGCGGCACCAUCGCUUUCUUCAGGGACGUUCUGCUGCCGAUCGCUCUGACUUGCGAAAAAAAAGCGAAAGAGCCGAUAGUCGGGAAGACCUACGAAUUUUUGGUACCGCAAAUCUGGUCCGUUCUGCCGAGCUUGUGCAACGACGCGAGCGACGUGAGGACCAACUUCACGUCCGACUUCGCUGUGUUGCUGGGUAUGAUCGUCAGGGACAAAAAAGAUCUCAGGCUGUUCGGAAUGGCCGCUCUGAGAAAAUUGAUCUCCAGAGCGACCCAGAACGGGAACGCCGACGAUAUUGCCCAACUCGCUCGGUUCGCGAAAAAUUAUCUGCCGAUUCUCUUCACGGUUUACACGACGAAACCUUGCGGCACGGACGAGGAGGGACAACGUCUCGCCGCUUUGGACACGAUCAAAAUUUACAUGACGAUCGCGAACACGGAUCUGGCGAAUGAAUUGUUCGAUCAGGCUCUGGGUAAAUUGAACGAGGACGGUACGGACGAGUUCUUCAAACAGAGCGUGCACGAUCUGUUGAGAACGCUGAUCGGUUACACGGACGUCGCGAGAUUGAACAAGUACUACAGCAUGUGCGAACCUGUUCUCAUGGACGACAGCAAGAAGAAAGCGCAGAAGAAGGCCUAUAGAUUUCUGAUGGAACUGUGCGACAGCGACAAACAGGUGUGCGAACAGUUCGUAAAGGAGCGUCGACGCGAUAUACAAAAAUUGCUGAUGGUUUCGGGGUCGAAAGUCUGUCCGACUAGUAGAAAAGCGCGUCUCGCUUGUUUGACGCAUCUCGUCAAGAUACAUCCGCAAUUGGAAAAUACGAAGUUUCUGGAAGCAAUUGUUCCCGAAACCGUGCUUUGCGUUAAGGAUAUAAACACGGGAUGUCGCAAGGCGGCGUACAAAUUGCUCAAUAUGAUCGCUGAGAAAUUUCUCAACAAUCGCGAAUAUCUCAAGACCUACGUGGAUAUGAUGAUAGUGGGUUUAGGUGGCGAUCAAGAAACAAUUACCAACAGUCUGCUGUGUCUAACUUCCAUCACGCAUCGUUACAAUGCUUUUCUAGACGCGGAGAUCAUUGAAGAGAUUUUGGAGGAAGCUUGUACGUUACUGACGAACGAUACAAGAGAAAUAGUCGACUGCGCUUUGUCUUACGUGAAGAUAUACGUCGGUGCGAAGUCGUCCUUCGUCGUAGUUCCGAAAUUACCGAGGAUAAUCAACGCCUUGUCGCAGAUGAACGAGGACUGCAAGCGUCACUUUCGUUACAAAGUGCGCGACGUUCUCACAAAACUGAUUCGAAAGUACGGCAUCAAAAUGAUCUUCGACAUGAUACCAACGACGGAUGUGAUAAUGCACAAGAGGUUGAAGAACAUCAACAAACUCGAAGACGCGAAGAGGAAGAAACGAGAGGCGGAGAGAGCGAUAAAACAGGAGAACGACACCGACGAGGAGUUCAGCGUGAAGAGAGAACCCAAGAGCAUAGAGGAGAUAUUGGCUGACAGCGACGAGGAAUUCGAAGCCACGGAGAACGAAGAAAAGCCGAAGAAGACGAAGAAAUCAGCGACUAAAACAGACGCUUGGAUUCGAGAUAACGAGGAAGACAUAGUCGAUCUUAUAGAUCCAACAGCUGUCAGAAAUAUUACAACUACACAACCGACAGUCACAUCAAAUUCGAAAAUCCCAAAUUCGAAGAAAGCUCCUCAAAAAGAUAAGGAUUAUGGUUUCAAGAUCGCGCCUGACGGUCGCUUCAUCAUCACGGAUGAUAAAGAAAAGGACGACAGUGACGCGGAAGAGGGAAAUAAGAAAAAAAGAAAAAAACUCGCCUCUUUUCUUCAUAGCGAUUCGGAAGAUGAUUACAAAGACAACGACGAUAUAUCCGUAGCGACUUCGAAGGUUGAUGGAAGGAAACGCAAAUAUAGCGAAAAUAUGUCAGACAUAAUGAGUUCGAAGAGUCUACAAUCUACGUCAAGAUAUCAAGCCGGUGGUUCGGGUAUUCACAGACCGUUGAAAGCUAGAAAAGUAGAACGUGAACCUGGUUCUGAGUACCGAUCGACAAAAGCUAGAGGCGACAUUAAAAAGAAAGGCAAACCAGAUCCUUAUGCGUAUAUACAAUUGAAAAGAUCUGCUCUGAAUAAAAGGAAGCAGAAGAAAAAUGCGGGCAGGUUCAAGAGUAUUGUUUCCGGGGCCACGAAAGGAGCCCGCAUUGGAUUCAAGAACAAACAGAGGAAGCAUUGAGGACUUAUGUAAGUCUUCAGGUAUAUAGUCUAGAGAUAUAUUCAUCAUACACUCUCUAUUCAUGACAUUUAUAAUAUUGUUUAAAAUAAAUACACGAGUUUAUUUCUUCAA